CUUACACAACUAAACCCAAGAAAUCCCAACAAAGAAACCUCCAGCAGAACCAGGCUGGAUGUGAGAAAAGCACAACAGCAACAACAGAGCACAGGCAGGAUGGUUGGACCAGGGACUGGAUACAGGGGGAUGGUUGGAUCCGCAGCUGCCCUAGCAUUAAGCUGUUAUUAUGUUAUGGUAAUAGGUACAUACUAUAAUGUGAACUCUAAAACUGUAAUUAAAAGUGUAAAUGCCUGCCUGAGACGUGUGUACUGUAAGUAGUAAGUUGCAGAUCAGGUGCAAGUACCAGUUACAUAGGCUACAAUGUCCUAGUUCAAUAGACACAUUAGCUUGUUUUUUGUAAAUGUAGCUAACGUUAGAGCUGAUAAUGGUGGGUAUUGUCCAAUCUCCAGACUGUUAUGUCCUCUGCAGGCUGCUUUCGGUUUUGCAGACAGUAGUUUUCUCUCUGGUUCUUCACUGUUUGCUGUUAACACAUUGCUUUCCUAGUGGAAUGUGCCACAACUGUGACAUUGUUUAAUCUGAUUUGGCCUCCUUCUUGUCUGACAGUGAGGAUUACGGCUGGAUUAGAUUCAGGACUAACAGGAAGUGCCCUGCUGACAGAGCUACAACACAUAGAACUGACCCACUAGCACACUUACAGAUGCAACUGUAUGGUUCUCUCAGAUAAAUCAUAUUAACAAAUACAGAUGAAAAAAUCCCCCAUAAUAAAGCAUUACUGUUAACCUGGUAAACCAACUUAAAUCACAGGGUAAUGAAGGUUUGCUUCAUGUUGUAAAUAUUGUGAGUGCAAUGUCCUGCUGAUUUAGACAGAGGCAGUGUCCAGACUGAGCACAGAGCAGCAUCACCGCAUUACCUCUUUAUUUAUUUAGAUGUCAGGGGCUUGUGCAAACUGUGUAAUCUCUAUUCUGUGUGAUUGUGGGCGGAGCUGCAGAUUCUAAGCUAAUUAGGACAGAUAACACAGUGAGACAGCGCCCAAGGCAGCAGGAGAACAUUCACAGAGCUGAGAGCAGUAGUUACACCUCCACAAGCUCUCUGCAGGGUAGAGGGAACGAGAACGGACGGAGGAUGUGGUCUUAGUUCAGAUUUGAGCUCUGUCUGUCUGUGAUCCCUGGUGGGACGGUAAGCUUAGGUAGUUACGUUGCUGCAAUUGAGAGUGUUUACUUCCUGCCACCAGCCGUGCAGUACAACAUCCGAGCCGUUUUUUCUACCACCACUGGUGCCAUUAAAAUAUCACACAAUUUCAAUGUAGUUUUGCACAAACUGGGGCAAAUUGUAUCUCUCGUACCUAUCUAGAAGGAAACGUAUGAAGGUCAGCUUUAUAAACACAUGAGCUGGCUAUCGGGGCCAUUCUGCUCCAGUGGCUUUCACCGGGUCACACAAAUAUUGUGCACCGGGUGAGUUGAGGCUUAUCAGUGAACCAGGGUGAACUGGGUGGAUCAGUGAGGACUGUGUAGGCAGUAUGUUAGCAGGAGGACAUCUCAGUGGUCAGUGGGUGAAGAGGGAGUACAGGAGAGAAUCCUCAGCAAGAUCCCACCACAAGAUUGUUGGCAUGCUGAUGGAGCUGGAUGACAUGAAGGUUCACUAUGAAAGAAUGGUCUCAGAUCUGCUUCACUGGAUCAAAACCAAAGUGGUGCAGCUGAAUGACAGGAGAUUCCCAAACACUGUGAAGGAGAUGCAGACGCUCAUGACAGCAUUCAAGACCUUCAGAACUGUGGAGAAACCUCCCAAAUAUCAGGAGCGUGGAGUGAUUGAAGCUCAUCUAUUCAGUCUGAAGACUCAGCUGUCAGCCAACAACCAGUGGGCUUAUAAUCCUCCAGAGGGCAAAACCCUGAGUGAUGUAGAAAAAAGUUGGGUUUUGCUGGAAAAAGCUGAACAUGAGCGGGAACGAGAUCUGCAGGAGGCACUGCUCCGCCUAGAGGGUCUGGAGCAGAUAGCUCAGAAGUUUGGAAGGAAGGCAGCGCUCAGGGAGGGAUACCUGGAUGAUACGCUGCGUCUGAUUCGAAGGCAGGACCUCAGAAGCCUGUCCACCCUGGAGGAGGCCCAGGCAGCAGGCCGCCGUCUAGAGGCCCUCGCCACUGACAUUCUGGCCAGAGAACCACGGUUCGCCACCUUGCGAGACAUGGCCACAACCAUGCAAAGGGGAAAUUACCACAGCAAGGAGCAGGUCAUCAGGAGAGAAGAGAACAUAAGACAGCGAUGGAAGCACCUGCUGCAGCAACUUAACGAACACAGGGGGCUGCUGGAAAACGUAGUUGGGACUCUCAGCGCCCUACGUGACAUCGAGCUCCUCUCCCAGGACCUGAGAGAACUGCAGGCUCAGGCCAGUUCCUCUGAAGUAGGUAAGCAGCUGGCAGAGGUGCAGUCCCUCCUUCAGAAGCAGGAUCUUCUUGAAGCUCAAAUCUCAGCUCAUGGUGAAUCCAUCACUGCCAUAAGCAACACAGCACUGAAGGGAAAACUAGGAGAUGGUCGAGAGAUUCAGAGCAGAGUGAGAGCUCUUGACACUCAGUACAACUCUCUGGUGUCUCUCAGCAGCAACAGGAGGAAACGGUUGGAGGCUGAGUUGAAGCUGUUUGAGUUCUUCAAUGACUGUGAGGAGCUGGAGGCCUGGAUAUAUGAACGCUGGCUGAGGUUGCAAACUGCUGGAUUAGGACAAGACCUCAACCAUAUUCAUCUUGCCCAACACAAACACAAGGUGCUGGAUGCAGAGUUUCAGGCCCAGGGACCUCUGUACCAGAGUGUUGUGUGUCGUGGUCAGGCCCUCCUGUCCACUCAGACUCCGAUACACCAGAGAGCUGUUCAGAAAUGGAUCAGGACUCUAAAGAAGCAGUGGAGCCACCUGACUACAGAGGUGAUGGGGCAUCGGGACAGGAUGCAGGCUGCUGCUAUUAUCAAGCAGUAUUUUGCUGAUGUUGCAGAAGCCACCUCUUGGCUAGCUGACAGGAAACCGCUGCUGACCAGUGGUGAUCAUGGGAAGGAUGAGUUGAGCACGGCGGCUUUGCUGCAGCGUCACCUGCGAGUGGAGAAAGAGAUGGUGGCCUAUGCCUCAGAGAUUAAAAGGCUGUCGCAGCAGGCGAGGAGCGCAGCAGAGUUUACAGCUCUCAUUGUGGAGCAGCAGGAGCCAAAAAAUAUCCAGUACAGUGACUCUUCAGAGGAGGAGGAGGGGUCUGGUUGGCUGGUGGGCUCCCCCACUCAGACUGAGGACAAGAAGGCCAAGGUCCGCUUCAGAUACAGCAGAGGUCAGUUUCCUUGGGAUCGUAAUGAGAUUGUUGCUGUUCUUGGUGCAGAACCAGAUGGAGACAGGGUUCUGGCUAGAGACAGUCGAGGCCACCAGCAGCUCAUUCCCAAAACCUACCUGACACUGCUGCCAGCCCCUGCUCUGGCUCCUGCUCCUUCCCCACUGGUCUCUACCAGCCGUAUGCCAGGAAGCCCAGACAGGAAGAUAAGUCGUCCGAGGCGCAGCCGCUCAAUGCGUCGCGGCACCACUGAAAUCCAAAGAACAACACUGCCCGACCCACAGUACCAGAGAGAAACUGUGGAAAGCACGCAGGCUGAACUGGACCAGGACUACAAUUUCCUGUACAACUUGGUCAAGUCAAGGAUUAGUGCUCUGGAUGAGAUGCUGCAAAUGCAUCGAUUCUACAACAUCUGCCAGGAGUUUGAGUCAUGGAUAGAGGACAAAGAGAACAUCCUGAGGACCUUCAAUGCCAACGCUGACAUCCUGGGAGUGGUGCAGGCCAAAUAUGAGAACUUCUUGACUCAGUUGGCAAGUGGUCAUGGACAGUUUGCUCAUAUAACAAAAAUGGCAGAGGAGCUGGAGAAAAAGCGGCACAGUAAACUGAGAGAGAUCCAGAGCAGACUAAAGAGCAUUUCCAGCAGGUGGCAUCACAUCCAGAGGGUGAAGGAUGAGAAAGGUCACGAGCUGCUGAGUACAGCAGAUGUGCAGUCUUUUCUGCAGAGCUGUGCAGAGACUCAAACUCAGUUGCUGGAUCAACUGUCCCGGCUUGACACAGUCGAUGUAGGCUGCACCUCCUUCACCCUGCAGAUUGAAGAAAAGAACCAGACUCGGGCCGUCAGAGAUAUCCAAACCCUGGAGGCCAAGAUCGCUUACCUGAAGAACGUAGCAAAAAUGAAGCAGGACUGCAGUCCAGCAGAGAGUGCUGGCAUCAUGAAGGAAGUUCGCUCCCUGGAGGCUCUGCUCAGACAGGUGAAGCGUCAGGCUACCGACAGACAGCGCCUCCUGGAGGAGGCCCGCAGGCUGCAGGGCUUCCAGCAGCAGGCCAAAGAGCUGCAGCACUGGGCAGGUUUGGUGCAGGAGAUUCUCCAGCAGGAGCAAGCAGCUACUGAUGUGGCCUCAGCUGUUGCACUGCUGCAGCAACACCAGGACCUCUGGCUGGAGAUGAAAGAGCAGAGGAACAGGUUGGUGGAGGUAGAGACGUUAGGGAGAUCUCUUCUUCAGGGCUCCUCUAAUGGGAAAACAGGUGGUGUCAACAUCCAAAAAAUGCUGGAGAACCUCAGUACUGACUGGGUCAAGCUGGACAGGGUAUGGACUCGGAGGAAGCAGCAUCUGGAGCAGGAGUUGGAGCUCCAGAGGCUGAACCAGGAGGCAGAUCGUAUUGAGGCUGCACUGUCGGGGCACGAAGCCCGACUGAGGGUCCAGGAUGUUGGGGACUCAGUGGACAGUGUGCACCGUCUGAUGGGUCGACAGGAGGAGCUGGAAGGUCUGCUGAAGGCUGUGGAAAAACGGGUCCAUUAUUUCACUGAGUGCAGCCAGAAACUGAUCAACCAGCACCACUACGCUGCAAAACAUAUUAAGGAAAGAAGCAGGAGCCUUCAGAAGGCCAACACGAGGCUGAAGGAGAGCAGCAGGCAGAGGAGCAGUCUGCUGCUGGCCUCCAAGAAAUACCAGGAGUUUCAAAGGGAUGCAGAUGAGCUGCUGCUGUGGAUGGAGGAGAAGUUCAAGUUGGCUGAGGAAGAGUCGUAUCGUGACCCCACCAACAUUCUCCCCAAGCUGAAGAGACACGAGGCCGCAGAGAGGGAGAUGCAGGCCAACCAGGUCUGGCUGGACCGGAUUGUUCAGCACGGGCAAGAGAUGCUUGCUGAAGAUCAUUACAACAGUCUGAGCAUCACCAGAAAGUCUGCUCAGCUCCGCAGCCGCUGGAAGAAACUUCAGGACAAGAUGACUGACAGAGGAGACAAACUGAGACAAGCUGGACAGCAGGAGCAACUCAUGGACCUGCUGCAGGAUGCCAAGCUGAAGAUUGAGGCUAUUCAGUGGAUGCUGAACAAUGCUGCUAAAGGUCACGACCUACGCUCCAGUCGACAGCUACUGAAGGAGCAUCAGCAGCUGGAGGAGGAGGCCAAAGAACUAGCAGACAAGAUCAGCUCCAUCAUCUGCAGGGCCAAACACCUCGCUUCCACCCACUUUGACUCUAAAAGGAUUCUCCAGGAGACAGACACUUACCUUACCCUGUUCAAGUCCCUCCAGGUGCCUCUGGACCAGCGCCGUGCCCAGUUAGAGGCCUCUGUGCUGCUAUUUGGAUUUUAUCACGAUGUGGAUCUGGAGCUAAACUGGAUCUCUGAGCAUGUUCCCUCCUCUGGGUCUACAAGUUAUGAUAAGUCUCUGGCUGGAGCCAUCAGCCUCAUGCAGACACAUAAGGAGCUGCAGGCAGAAGUAAACGCCCACCAAAAACACCUGCAGCACAUACUGGAGAAGGGUCGGAGCCUGGCCAGAUCCAGCGAAGCAGACGCAGAGCUAGUCCUCCAGAGGUGCAGCAGCCUAAGUGCAGAAUGGGAGCAGCUGAAGGAGGCCUGCAGCAGGAGAGCAGCUCAUCUGAGUAAGGCAAUGACUCGAGAACAGCUGCUGUUGGACUGCUCAGAGCUGGAGUCCAGACUGAUCGAGAUGCUCGACUUGGUGAAAAGUGACGAGUACGGCAAGGACCAAAUGGCAGCGCUGAGGCUGAGCACCAAGCACCAGGUGUUGGAGGGACAGCUGGAGGUAAUGCAGGUGGAAGUGGAAGAGCUGGGAGACCAGGUGGAGCAGGCAGUUCACAACUGGAGCCUGGAGGAGCUGAGUCGUCCCUACAGGCACCUCAGUAGCCUCAACCAGCAGCUACAGCACCAGGCUGCUCUCAGGGCUCAGAGGUUAAGAGACGUCCUUCAUCUCCACGAGUUCAUACGAGAGUCUUCAGAGAUGGAGGACUGGAUGAGCCAGCAGAGGCAGACAGCAGAGUCUCAGGACCUAGGCAACGACUACCAGCAUGUUCAGUUGCUGCGUGAGAAGUUUGAAGGUUUCCUGAAACAGCUGGAAGCUGGCGAGGACAGACUGCAGAGCUGCAGCAGUGUGGCUGCUCAGCUGAUAUGCAACAAGCAUCCACAGGUCUCUGCUGUCAGAGAGAUACUGCAACAGCUCAGUGAAAGCUUGGAGGAUUUGAGGAUUGUUGCCAGAGAGCGUCAGAAUCAGCUGGAGAGAGCAGCACAAUGUCACAGUCUACACCAGGAUCUGAGCGAUGCACUGGCGCUAAUCCAGGAACGACAGAAGAGCAUCCCUGAUGAUGUGGCCAAGAAUCUGCAAGGGGUGAUUUCACAGCUGAAGAAACAUGAAGCUCUGCUCCACGAGCUGGCUGCCAUGGAGCAACAGUUGCAGGAGCAGCUGGAUGCUGUUGACUCCAUCCUGCACCUCUGCACUCCUGAGCUGAAGGUCCGUCUACAGGAAAUGCAACAGGAAGUGGUGGAAAGGUGGGAGGAACUUCGACUUCAGACAGAUCAGAGGGACCAGGAGCUAAAACUGGCCUGUCAGCGAUACAUGUUUCUCAACACGGUGCAGGAUUACUUUCAGUGGUGCAGCCAGAUGGUUGGUGCAAUGGCUGCCGAGGAGAGCAUCAGUGACGUUACCACUGCAGAUCUGCAGAUUGCCCAGCACCAGCAGCUGUGGGCUGAGAUGGAGACUAGACAGGAGACCUACCAACAGGCCCUGGACCUAGGAGAGGAGCUGCAGACACACGACAGGAGCCACAGGAAGGAGGUGUUGGAGAAGCUUGAUAUGCUGCGGGCAGAGAGAGACAAACUGGAGAAGCAGUGGAAGAAGAAACAAAGCUGGUUAGAAGCUGUGCACCUGGAGCAGGUCUUCUACAGAGAUGUGAACAGCAUGGACAAGACCUCUAGCUCACAGGAGGUGCUUUUACAUAACAGCACUCUGGGAAGCACCGUCGAUGAGACAGAGGGUUUGAUCAAACGUCAUGAAGCUUUUGAGAAGCUUCUGAGCUCACAGGAAGACAAGCUGUCCUCUCUGAUUGAACUCGCUGAGCGUCUGAAGAAAGAACUGAGCAGACAAAAGAGUGGACUGGUCCACAAGCAGCUCAAAGCCCUGCUCCAGCGACGCAAGAAGGUAAAGGAUCUGUGUGUGAAACGCAGGGAGGAGCUGGAGCUUUCCAGACGGCUGUGCAUAUUUAACCGAGACGUUUCCCAGGCUGAGGAGUGGGUAUCUGAGCGAAUGCAGAAGAUGGCAGAGGACAGUAAAGCUGACCUCAGCAAUCUGCAGACCAAGAUGAAGCUCCUCCAGAAGCAUCAAGUGUUUGAGGCUGAAAUCCUGGCUCACAGCGAAAUAAUCAGAUCUGUGCUUCUGGCUGGAGAAGAGCUGGUCUCCCUUUGCCAUCUGAAGUCCAAGGAGGUAAAGAAGAGAUCAGCUAGCCUGCAGCUCCACUGGGAGGAACUGAAGAGUGCACUGGCCACCAGAGGUAAAGCUCUGGAGGAUAACAGAGACUUUCUGGAGUUCCUACAAAAGGUUGACGAUGUAGAGUCCUGGAUCAGACACAAGGAAGUAAUGAUCAACGUUGGAGAUGUGGGGACAGAUUUUGAGCACGGAGUUCAGCUCAUGAAGAAGCUAAGCGAGUUCAGAGGCGCUGGAGGCGGGGAAGUGACAGUGGAUGCUGCUCACAUCACAGCCAUCAACAAGCUAGCAACCAGUCUGGAGAAGAGGCAGAGCGCUGAUGACCUGGUGACCGUCAGAGCGAGGACCAAACAGCUCAAUGACCGGUGGAGUAAGUUUCACGGUGAUUUGAACAGUUACAAGAAAAAGCUGGAGGCAGCUCUGGUGGUUCAUGCCCUGAUCAGAGAGUUGGAGGAGGUCAGGGACAGAGCCAACGAGAAGAUGUUGCUAUUGCAGGGUCAUGACUGUGGUCACGAUGUGGAGAGUGUAGAGAAUCUGAUCAGACGACAUGAGGAAACGGAGAGAGAAGCGAGGGUCAUCCAGGAGAGGUCAAAGGUUCUGGAGAAGGACGUGUCACAUCACCUCAAGUCUCGAUCAGUGAUGAGCGACAAACUCAAGAACAAAGAGAAGGAGGUCCGGAAGGUUCUGGACACUUUGGACAAAGAGAUUAAACACAGGAAAGAGAAUCUUCAGGAGGCUCAUGAGCUGCAGCUGUUUAAAGCCAACCAGCGCCUCCUGCUGGACUGGAGCAUCAAACAGAGCAGUGAUCUGGCUGAGAAAGGCCUCCCCAAGACAAGAGUCGAGGCCGACCAGCUCCUUGAGGAGCAUCAGGACUGGAAGACUGAGAUUGACGCCCGUGCAGAGCGUAUGGACUCUGUUCGAGACUUUGGUCUAGGUCUGAUCCGAUCUGGUCACAACUCAAAGGCAGAGAUCCAGAAAGCGCUGAAGCAGCUGGAGGAAGCCAAAGCUGGCCUAGAGCGAGCCUGGCUGGACCGAGGCGUGACCCUGGAGCAGGCUCACACUCUGACGAUCUUUCAGGCUUCUGUAGAGCAGUGUGAGAACUGGCUCAGCAACAAGGAGGCCUUCCUGUCCAGCCAGGACCUGGGGAGCUCAGUGACUGAGGUGGAAGCACUGCAGAGGAAGCAGACUCAGUUUGAAGAGGCUUUAGAGGCUCAAGUCGACCAGAUGGACCAAGUGCAGAAACUGGCCCAGAAGAUGAUCCAACAGAAGCACUAUGACUCGGACAACAUCAGAACCAAGAGCAGGUUGCUCGCUACCAGGUGGAGUCAGCUGCAGAAGCAGAGCAUAGCUCGCCACAAAGCCCUGGACCAGUCGCUGCAGCUGCAGCAGCUGUUGACCAGCAGCUACCAGGUGUGUGUGUGGCUGAGUGAGCGCAACGCUGUGGCUUUGGACGACAACUGGAAGGAACCAACCAACCUUCAGGCCAAAUUGCUGAAACAUCAGAGCUUUGAAGCCGAAGUCCUUGCUAACCGCUACAGAGUGGACGUGCUCCACAAGGAAGGACAGAAGCUUAUAACUCACUGCCGUUCAGCUGAAGCCAAGAUUGGAUCACGACUCCGGGAGCUGACGGACACCUGGGAUGAUCUGAUAGACAACUGCAAGAAGAAGAAGAGCAGACUACAGGAGGCCUAUCAGGCUCUGCAAUUCCAGCGGUCACUGGAUGACAUGGAGCAGUGGUUGGGCUCAGUGGAAAGAGAGCUGCUCAGUGAGGACUGUGGCAGUGACCUGCAGUCAGUCAACAGGCUGCUGAAGUGUCUGCAGAGCCUGGAGGAGGAGGUGGAUGAGCACAGAGACAGAAUUCAGGGUCUCGUGGAUACAGCCAAGACGUUUCACUCCCAGGGAAACUUCCGAGCUGAGGAAAUGCUGACAAGAGUCACACACACCAUCAACAGGUACAACCGCCUAUCUGAGCCUCUGCAGAGCCGCAGGGAUGCGCUGGAGGCCUGGCAGCUUCUGUUCCAGUUCUACAGAGACCUGGAGGAGGAGGUGGCCUGGCUGGGAGACAGGCUGCCCUCCAUCACUGCUCAGGAUUGGGGAAGCUCCCUGAGCAUCACCCAGCAGCUGCUCCACAAACACCAGACUGUGAUGCUGGAGAUCUCCAGCCGAGCUCCGCUGGUCCAGGCAGUCCAAGAUGCAGGGAAUAAUCUGGUAAGAGGUCGUCACUUUGCAUCUCAUGAUAUUCGAGAGCGUCUGGAGGAACUGAAGACUCUACAUGAAAAACUGAUGAUUGAGGCAGAGAAGAAGGGCAAACUCCUGCAGGGGGCGCUCAGCAUCCACACCUUCCUCAGUGAGGUGUCGGAGCUGGAGCUGUGGUUGGAAGAGCAGGGGGCAGGUUUGGCCUCCUGUGAAUGUGGGAGGAAUGAGGAGGCGACAGAGGCUCUGAGGAGGAAGCUCGACUCUGUGGAUGCAGAUCUGGAGAACCAAAGGAGGACUGUGGAGAAGCUACAGGAAGGUGGUGCCUCGCUGCAGCACCUUGGACAUCCCAACAGUCACAUGGUCAGUGAGGCUCUUCCUGCCGUUCAACAGCACUUUCAGAAGCUGUUGCAACUUUCAGCUUUUCGUCGAGCUGCUCUAGAAGAACAGCUUCAACUUUAUGUGUUUGAGAGAGAAGCCAAAGAACUACAAACAUGGCUGACUUCCAAGAUGGCUGAGGCAGAGUCCCAAGACUGUGGACAUGAUCUCGAGGAUGUAGAGCUUCUUCAGAAGAAGCUGGAGGUUUUAGUGUCAGAGGUGUCGAGUCUGGGUCGGAGCCGGCUGACUACAGUGCAACGGCUGGGCCGAGGGCUGCAGAAGCAAAGUCAGGCCCGGAGCAGUGACGAUGCUGUCAGCAGGCUUUGGGACGAUCUCCACAGCUGCAUCAAAGCCAGAGAACAGAUGCUUCAGCGUGCAAAGGAUGUUCAUCAGUUUAAUCAUGACGUGGAUGAGCUGAAGGGCUGGAUGGCUGAGAAAGAGGCUGUGAUGGACUCAGAUGACCAGGACCUGCAGUCGACUCAGACUCUGCUGAGGCAACACGAGGCUCUGGAGAGGGAUCUAAGUUUGAUCUCUGAGGAAGUGACCAGAAGCAGAGAAGAGGUCAAAGCUCUGAUCCAACAACAGCCUCAAGCCACAGACUCUGUGACACUAAAGCUGGAGGAGCUAGAGAGCUGCUGGUCCAGCAUCCAGGACAAGGCCUCCCAGCGCCGCAACAGACUGGGCCAAGCAGAAACUGUGCAGAAGUAUUUUUACCGCUGGACCGAACUUAUGUCAUCGAUGAAGGAGAUGCUGUCUGUGCCAAACGUGGAGCGAACCGACCUCGAGCAGCUCAUGAAGAAGCACAAAGAGCAUCGAGUCCAGAUCGACAGGCAGCUCAGCAAAUCACAGGCUCUGAAGGAGGAAGGGAAGCAUCUCAUAGAGGACGGAAGCUUUAUGUCCCAAGAAGUGGAGGAACGCGUCUGUGAGCUGGAGGAGCUUGAGGUACAGGUGCAGAAGGUGUGGGAACAAACCAGGCAGCUGUAUGAGGAGGAGCUGGAGAUCAUGUUCCUGCAGAGGGAGCUGGAGCAGGCAGAGCGAUGGCUGAGCUCGUAUGAAAACACUCUGACAGCUGACGACUAUGGAGAGUCUGUUUCUGAUGUAAUGGAGCUUCUAAAGAGGCAGGAGGACGUGGAGGCUAUGAUCCAGGCUCAAAGCGAACGCUUCACUGCUCUAGAGAAGAAAACGACACAGAGAGAAGAGAGAGUGGCUCUUCAUGGAAUGGAGGACAAAGGCCUCCAGGACAGGAGGCUUCCAGCUCGACCUUCCUCCCCGAAACAUAAACUGUCGGACCCAGAGGUGUCGUGUAGAGACAUCCUUCCUCCAGCCAGCGAAGGAGGAACAAAGCAACUGUCUACGCUGGACAGGAUGACGGACAGUCCCAUGAUGGAGACUCGUCACAGCAGCGCUGCUCCUCUUCUCAGUCCUCUCUGCCCAAAACCAGAGUCCAGACUCAACACCAGCAGCACAGCUCCAGAGGCACUGGCUGAAAGUCCUUAUGGUCCCAGAUCCAGCAGCCAAAUCAGAUCCCAGUCUGAGCCUCCACUCAGAGGUAAAGAGGCUGUGGAGGAGAACCGUCGACCCACAUCGAGACCUCCUCUGCCUCCAAAGCCUCCAAAGCAACUGGCUCUGUCGGCUACGCCACCUGACUCACCUGCGAGGAGACAGCCUGUUGCUCCCACUGAACCUCCACCACCUCCACCACCAACGGGGAAACCACUCCCAACCCUCGACACACAGGUCGCAGAUCCUGACCCAACUGUUCCACCUCCAGCAGAGGAUUGUGACACAGCCAAAGAGCUGCAACAACAGAUGGUAGAAGACGUAGCAGCAGAACAAUCCACCCCCGAGGUAACAGUCAAGUCUGUGAGAAUGGAGGGAAGGCUGGAAAUCAAGCUAAAGCACACAGGACACAAGGACCUGGAGCACUGGGAGGAGGUGUUUGCUGUUCUGGAGGGAGACACGUUGAGCCUGUUCAAAGACAGAGCAGCUGCUGCAGAGAGAGCGUCCCGCUGGCCUCCCAUCAACAUGACUGGAGCCGUCUGCAGGGAGAACUCGUUCUACAGGAGGAAGGAGCACACGUUCAGACUGGUACUGGACGAUGGCAGUCGGUACCUGUUUGCUGCCUCUAGCAGGAAGCUGCAGCUGCUGUGGGUGAAAAAGCUCCAAAGCUGCCUCAGGUCUGACUCGGACGACUCAGGGAGAUCUUCAUCGGCCGAGGCCCCGACCCGAGGAACAGAGACCCUGGAGAGACAGACAUCCAUGGAGGCCCCUCCCCCCAAACCCCCCCACACCUACUACAACAGGCACCGCUACCCCAAAGGGGGCGAGGGCUGGACCGCAGGUUCACAUGGCCUCGACACCCAGCCGGCUGCUGACCAGGACCAGGACCGGCCUCCUGCUGACCAGGACCAGGACCGGCCUCCUGCUGACCAGGACCAGGACCGGCCUCCUGCUGACCAGGACCAGGACCGGCCUCCUGCUGACCAGGACCAGGACCGGCCAGCGGCGCCCCUGUCCAAGAUGAGCGUCUUUAGGAAGCUCUUCACUAAGAAGUAGAAAAGUCAUGUGAUGCAGUUACUGAGGUUGUGAUGGACCUGAGAAACAGACGUGGUGACAGAAAGCUUAGACGUUAAAAACUUCUAUGAUUAAAAACAUAUUCAGAGUGUGACUGAAGAAGUUAAUUGCUUCACGUUCAGACCAGUCCCUCACUGUGUCGGGGCCUUGAUGGAGAGGACCUGAGGCCUGAACUGGACUGGUCCUGGCUGGUUUCCCUCGGAGGAGUCACAUCCUGGUGGAGACUAGACGACGUCCCUCUGUUGGUCACCAGGAGACGGAUGUUGGAUCCGUCGCUAAUGAUGUGUUUACAUGUUCCCUGAGGAGAGUCUGAAGAGUU